CUUCAUGAUACAUGUUCAUACCCUACACUACACGUAUCCACUAUCUAUGCCCUGCACAUAACCUAAUUAAUAGGUUAAUGUUUUUGAUGGUGAAGCUCCUCAAUUGAAAGUUAUUUUAACAGUUUUUAAGACUAAGUGAUUUUUGUCUUCUAUAAGGAUGUAUGGAAAUGAUGAUUACGACCCGAACUACGAAGCGGGAUAUGACUACAACUACGAUUCUGAAUAUACUUCCAGAGCUGGAGAUGCAACCGGCGACGGAGAAUAUGGAAGGCAAUUUUAUAAAAUGCCCGACAUUGUGAAGAAAUUCUUGCAGUACUUUCAUAAUGCUGUCAAUGAGGGGCUUAUUUUUGAAUUGCAAAAUCUUUAUGAAACUUCGUGGCCAAAAUUAACAGAAGAAUAUUUUGAAAAACGGCCGUGGCCAGAAGAAUCUGAAGUUGCAACCUUGGUUAAUAACGAUCCAGUGUUUAUGAUUCUCUACAAAGAACUUUACUUUCGUCACAUUUAUGCUAGAAUUCAGGGUGGGCCUUCUUUAGAGCAGCGUUUUAAUUCAUUUUACAACUAUUGUGACCUCUUCAACUACAUUUUGAGUGCAGAAAAACCAGUUCUAUUGGAAUUGCCUGAUUUAUGGCUUUGGGAGUUAGUGGAUGAGUUUGUUUACCAGUUCCAAUCUUUUGCUCAGUACAGAGCUAGAUUGCAAAAAAAAAGUCCAACUGAGCUUGAUACUCUUAAUAACAAUAACAAAGUAUGGAAUGUGUUAUGUGUAUUAAAUGUAUUGCACUCAUUAGUUGAUAAGAGUAAUAUAAAGCAGCAGUUGGAAGUUUAUGCUAAUGGAGGUGAUCCUGAUUCUGUAGCAGGCGAUUUUGGGCGUCAUUCACUUUAUAAGAUGCUUGGGUACUUCUCCCUUGUGGGGUUAUUGAGGCUACAUUCUUUACUUGGGGAUUAUUAUCAAGCCAUUAAGGUUUUGGAAAACAUUGAAGUUCAUAAGAAGUCACAAUUUGCUCAUGUGCCAGCAUGUCAAAUUUCAACUUCUUACUAUGUUGGCUUCGCUUACAUGAUGAUGAGAAGAUAUGCAGAUGCAAUUCGGACAUUUUCUUCUAUACUGUUAUAUAUUCAACGUACAAAGCAGUUAUUUGCUUCAAAGAGUUAUCAGCAUGAUCAGAUCAAUAAGCAAACGGAUCAAAUGUAUAAUUUACUUGCCAUAUGUUUGGUCUUGCAUCCUCAAUGUAUUGAUGAGUCCAUACAGCAAACUUUGCGAGAAAAAAACUGUCAUGAGAAAAUGUACAAGAUGCAGUAUGGUGAUUUACAGGAGUUUGAAAGCAGUUUUGUUUAUGCUUGUCCAAAAUUUUUGUCUCCAUUUCCUCCUCCAGUGGAUAGUCUUCCUGAAGAUUAUUCUAAAGAAGCCAUUAAACAUCAGACAUCCGUUUUUAUGGCAGAAGUUCAGCAGCAGAAAAUGCUACCCACAAUUAGAAGUUACUUGAAGUUAUAUACUACUCUGCCAUUAAGUAAAUUGGCUUUAUUCAUGUCACAAAAUCAGGAAACAUCGGAAGAUUUAUUAAAAGAAAUGAGGAAUUUGACCAUUCAUUUACUCUGCUUUAAACAUAAAAUGAAGAAUAUCGUUUGGUCAAAAGGACCUUCUGGACUUGAGGGGAAAUUUCAAAGUGGAUCAGAGUUGGAUUUUUACAUAGACAAUGAUAUGAUACAUAUUGCUGACACAAAGGUGGCUCAUCGUUACGGUGAUUUCUUCAUUCGCAAGAUUCUUAAAUUUGAAGAACUAAACAGGAAACUACAUCAUCUUAAAAUCUGAAUUUGUUCUUUCUAUUUUCAUAUUUAAAUAU